AAAAUGAGAAAUCACACAACGGUAACUGAAUUCAUCCUGCUUGGAAUCCCGGAGAAAGAGGGCCUAGAGACUGUCCUUUUUUUCCUGUUCUUGUCAUUAUAUUUGUGUACUCUCUUGGGAAAUGUGCUCAUCCUCACAGCUACCAUCUCCUCCUCUCGGCUGCACACUCGUAUGUAUUUUUUCUUGGGAAAUCUCUCCAUGUUUGACCUGGGCUUCUCUUCAACCACGGUUCCCAAGAUGCUGUUAUACCUUUCAGGGCAGAGUCAGGGUAUCUCUUUUCAGGGCUGUGUGUCCCAGGUCUUCUUCUACCACUUCCUGGGCUGCACCGAGUGUUUCCUGUACACAGUGAUGGCCUGUGACCGCUUUGUUGCCAUAUGUUAUCCUUUGAGAUACAUGGUCAUCAUGAACCGCAGGGUGUGCUCCAUCUUGGCCACAGGGACCUGGACGGGUGGCUGUGUUCACGCCAUUAUUCUAACCUCCCUCACCUUCCAGUUGCCCUACUGUGACUCUAACCAGGUGGGCUACUACUCCUGUGAUAUACCUGCCGUCUUACCUCUGGCCUGUGGUGAUAUAGCUCUAGCCCAGAGGGUUGGUUUUACAAAUGUUGGUCUUUUGUCUCUCGUUUGCUUUUUUCUCAUCCUUGUUUCCUACACUCGCAUUGGGAUCUCCGUAUCAAAAAUUCGCUCAGCAGAGGGCAGGCAAAGAGCCUUCUCCACCUGCAGUGCCCACCUCACUGCAAUUCUUUGUGCUUAUGGACCAGUAAUCAUCAUCUACCUACAGCCCAAUCCCAGCGCCUUGCUUGGCGCAAUAAUUCAGAUAGUGAACAAUCUUGUUACCCCCACGCUGAACCCACUAAUCUACAGCCUGAGGAAUAAGGAUGUAAAAUCAGCCCUUUGGAAUAUAUUUCACAAGAGAGGCUUCUCUGUGAAGAAUAAAUGA